AGGCCCCGCCCCGCCCCGCCUGCAUCAGCACCUCUGUCACACGCGCAGAUUGGCAUGCCGCGAUGUCGCUUUCCGCAAUGAGGACGUUGAUGGAAUUACAAUCAAACUAAAGAGAGGAAAACAUGUGCGAAGUAAGAAAAUUUACAAAAAGGUUGAGCAAACCUGGAACGGCAGCGGAGCUCAGACAAAGUGUGUCGGAGGCGGUGAGGACGUCCAUUGCUGUGGAGCAGCCCAAGAUCAUCGAGCCGCUGGACUAUGAGAACGUGGUGUUCCAGAGGAAAGCUCAGAUCCACAGUGAUCCACAGAGAGACCUGCUGCUGUGGCCAGCUGAUGAUGUAUCAGAAGCACAGAUUGAACGUCAAAGGAGGACCAUUGUUCCUUCAGUUCCUCAAAAUGCUGAGAAAGAAGCAAAAAGCCUGUUUGCCAAAGAGUGCAUUAAGAUGUACAGCACCAACUGGCAUGUCAUCAACUAUAAUUACGAGGCCUACUCUGGAGAUUUCCGGACGCUGCCCUGUAAAGGGAUGAAGACGGAAAAGCUUCCCAACCAAGUGUUUGAGGUGGAUGAGGGGGAGGAGGAUUCAUCAUCUCUUUGCUCUCAGAGAGGAGGUGUAAUGAAGCAGGGCUGGCUGCAGAAGGCCAACAUCAACAGCAGUCUGUCUGUCUCUAUGAAGGUGUUCAAGAGGAGAUAUUUCUACCUGUCUCAACUCCCCGACGGUUCUUACAUACUGAAUUCAUACAAAGAUGAGAAAAACUUCAAAGAAUCAAAAGGCUCCAUCUAUCUGGACUCCUGUACAGAUGUAGUCCCGUGUUCUAAGAUGAAGCGCAAUGGCUUCGAGCUGAAGAUGCAGGAAGGUAACAGUCACUAUCUGGUGGCGGACAGCGAGGCUGAGAUGGGGGAAUGGGUGAACACCCUGAAACAGACCUUACUGAGCGCGCUGGAUGACAGGAGGAACGGGUCCGAGCCUUCGGAAGGUUCUCUGGAUGAUGACAGCAGUAGUCAGGGAAAACCAGAGAACAUCGCGGAGAGCUUUGGCCGGAGUCUUCAUCCAGAGUUAAUGAAGUAUGCCAGAGAAACUGACCAGCUGAAUAAAAUGAGCAGGAAUGAAGGUCGACAGAAGAUCUUCACCCUGGAUCCUGAGACACAGAGAUUAGAUUUUUCAGGCAUCGAGCCUGACGUGAAGCCAUUUGAAGAGCGAUUUGGGCGAAGAAUCAUGGUUAGCUGUCACGACUUGACCUUUAGCCUUCAAGGAUGUGUCAGUGAGAAGAAUGAUGGCAUCCUAACCAACGUAGAGCCGUUCUUCAUCAGCCUAGCGUUGUUUGAUCUGUCUAAAGGAUGUAAGAUCUCUGCAGACUUUCAUGUUGACCUCAAUCCACCCUGCGUGAGGGAAAUGCUUCAGGAAGCUUCUCCGGAGACACCGACAGAACCAGAAGGAGGAGAUGGACAUGAAACGGUCAGGGUAAACGGACACGGGCUGCCAGUUCUCCAGAGAGUCGUGGAGUCUCUUAUACGCUUCCCCACUCAGGGUAUUUUCUCCGUCACCAACCCCCACACAGACAUCUUCCUGCUGGCCCGAGUGGAAAAAGUGUUACAGAACGGCAUCACCCAUUGUGCUGAGCCCUACAUUAAGACCUCCGACAUCAGCAAGACGGUACAGAAAGUCCUGAAGACUGCCAAGCAGACGUGUCAGCGGCUGGGCCAGUACCGGAUGCCCUUCGCUUGGGCUGCCAAACAGGUGUUCAAAGAUUCCCAAGGCAGUUUAGACACUGAGGGGAAGUUCUCUCCGCUCUACCGCCAAGACAGUAGCAAGAUAUCCACUGAAGACCUCAUCAAACUGCUGACAGAUCUCAAGAAACCAGAGAAGAGCAAACUGCAGAUAAUCCCUGGACAAAUUAACAUCACUGUUGAGUGUGUACCUCCAGACUUAUCAAAUUCGGUCACAUCCUUUUAUAUUCCUGUGAAGCCGUUUGAAGAGCAGUGUGAGAGGGUGUCCGUGGAAGUGGAGGAGUUUGUCCCACAAGAGGCCAGAUACAACCACCCAUUCACCAUCUACAAGAACCAUCUCUACAUCUAUCCCCAGCAGCUCAAAUACGACAAUCAGAAGACAUUUGCCAAGGCUCGAAACAUUGCAGUUUGUGUUCAGUUCAAGGAUUCUGAUGAUGAAGGAGUCGCCCCGUUGAAGUGCAUCUACGGCAAGCCAGGGGAUCCACUUUUCACCACCAGUGCUUUUGCUGCAGUUUUGCAUCACAAUCAGUCCCCAGAGUUUUAUGACGAGAUUAAGAUUGAGCUUCCUGUUCAUGUCCACGAGAAGCAUCACGUUCUGUUUACUUUCUACCACAUAAGCUGUGAGCUUGGCAACAAAACCACCACUAAGAAACGGGAUGGAGUGGAAACACUGGUGGGUUACUCCUGGGCUCCUUUAUUGAAGGAUGGCAGAAUGCAGUCCUCAGAGCUACAGCUUCCUGUGUCUGCUAAUCUACCAGCCGGUUACAUGUGUGACAAAAACCAAGACUCAGAGAAGUGUUUUCAAAGCAUCAAAUGGGUGGAGAAUGCCAAACCUUUAUUUAAAGUGCGAGCAUAUGUAGCAUCAACAAUUUACACUCAGGAUUUGCACCUUCAUAAUUUCUUCCAGUAUUGCCAGCUGAUGAAGUCUACGUCACAGGGCAGUCCUGCUGAACUCGUCAAGUACCUAAAGUGCCUACAUGCAGUAGAGACUCAGGUCAUCAUCAAGUUCCUGCCAACGGUGCUCGUUCAGCUCUUCGAAGUCCUCACUAUGCCAAGCAAAGAGAGCCAAGAUAUUGCUGUCAACUCCACACGGGUAAUCAUUCACAUAGUGUCUCAGUGUCACGAGGAGGGUCUGGAACAUUACCUACGCAUGUUUCUGAAGUAUGUGUUUCGGAUCAACAACACAACUUCAGCAAGCUCUGUGUCCACACAUGAAGUUUUGGCUACAGCAGUGACUGUGAUCCUCAAACAAACUGCAGACUUCAACACCUGCAACAAACUCCUCAAGUAUUCAUGGUUCUUCUUUGAGACCAUGGCCAAGUCAAUGGCACAAUACCUCAUGGACGGCAACAGAAUGAAAAUGCCUCGAGCGCAGAGGUUUCCAGAAUCGUUCCAGCAAGCGCUGCAGUGCCUGCUGUUGUCAAUCAUGCCUCACAUCACCAUACGCUAUGUGGAGAUCCUAGAGGAGGCCCGCUGCGUCAACUUUAGCCUGGCCUGCUUCAUCAAGCGCUGCCUUACGUUCAUGAACCGAGGAUUUGCUUUCAGCUUGAUAAAUGAUUACAUGUGUGGCUUCGGCCUGAAAGAUCCAAAGGUGCUUACAGAGAUGAAGUUUGAUUUCCUCAUGACGGUUUGCAACCAUGAGCACUACAUUCCUCUAAACCUGCCCAUGGCAUUCGGCCGAACCAAGUUGCAGCGAGUCCAGGAUUUUAUUUCGUAUGCGGCGGAGUGUUUCGGUGUCGUAGAUCAGAGUUUGGAGUACAGCCUGACUGAGGAUUACUGCAAAAACCAUUUCCUGGUGGGUCUGCUCCUGCGAGAGGUUGCUGAAGGACUCCAGGGCUGCCCCGAGAUCAGACAGCUGGCUGUCGCCGCACUCAAGAACCUCGUGAUCAAACAUGCCAUGGAUGACAGAUACAAUGCUUUUAAGAAUCAGCAGGCCCGCAUCUGUCUGCUGUACCUGCCAAUCUUUGAGCUGCUCUAUCAGAACCUGAGUCAGAUGAACAGCCCGGGGCAACUCUGCAGAAAUGGCCUCGGCCUCAUGUACCGGGAUGAUUUGUCAGUGGAUAGCCGCAGAAGCAGCACAAUUGUUGAUAAGGAACCUAGUGAGUAUCAAAGUUUUUUGUGCCAACGGUCAUUAUAAGUAACACACACACAC